UUUGUAUUUACAAACAUUAUGCAAAGGUAAUAACCGAUCUCUCGUAAAUACAUAUACAUGUGUAAUUCUUUCUCUCUAAUCUCGUUUUAUAAACUAGUGUUUAAGUCAAAUUAAUAAUCAUGCAUAAUCGUGUAAAAAUUAUAAAUAAAUAUUAUACUAAUUUAGAAUAUGAUAAAAAUAACACGGAAAGCGAAAAAGUAGAAAAAAUAUUCCGUUUAUGUAACGAAUUAAAUUUUGAGAAAACUGACAAAUCGUCACAUAGAUUUUUUCACGCAGCAUCAUUAAUAGAAAAGCAUUUGAAUCUUUUUAAGUCAAUUUGUGAACAUGUAGAUAUAAUUACUUCUCUCCUUGAUUAUCUUUAUCAUUUUGCUGCAAGUUUUAUGCUUGAUUUAAAAUGCAGUGAUGAAAAUAUAUCGCCAAGUAUGUCAAUAAUGUUUACAAUCAACAGCAUGUGUAUAGAUAAUGCAGUAGAACUAUUUUUGCAAUUUGCCAUCAUUCCGAAAGAUCAAAUGGAGGUAUACAAGAGUUACAAAAAACACUUACUACAACAUUUUGAAAUGAUACUUUUCGAAGACUCAGACUUGUAUGCAGUUAUUGAUUGCUUGAAGCUUAAAAGCAUUACGUAUAAUUUACAUAAAAUUUGGGUUCAAGAAUCAAUAGCACAGACUUUUAAAUGGCAUGUUAAGAAAUGUUUCGGGUAUUUGGAUAUUCCCAUUUAUAUAUUUCAAUCAAAGCAAGAAUUAUUUACAUUUCAUACAUUCAAAUGUCAUAUAGAGAUAGUAUCUGAAAUGAAUAUACUAUCCAUAUGGUCAGAAGAUGUUACAGCUGCAAAAAACUUAGCAGAAACCUUAAAUCAACAUAUUGUAUUUAUAAAUACACACAUGGAUUUUUGUCCUGGUGUCAUAAUUCCAUAUGCAAAUGUAAAUCUUAAAUCAUUAGAUAUAUCUUUCAAUUUAUCUCAAUUGAAUGAGCAUACAUGUUUAAAUCCAAUAAUUCCAACAGAUCAUAAAGGUUUAACAUAUAAUCUGUUUUAUAAUGGCAUAUGGCAAAUACCUAUUAAAUAUACAUAUUGGGUACAUAAUAACAUUUUGUUGGCAAAUGCAACAUGCGAAGAUAUUUUGAAGUGCAUUGAUUCAGCUACAACUGGAUUCGAAAUUUGGAAUACUAUGUCUAGUAAAUCUAGAAUGAAAAUAUUAUCUAAUUUUGCAUCCACAUUAGAAUGCAAUGGGUAUGUUAAAUCAUCCUAUAAUAUCUUAUUUCUCGCAUAUUUGUAUGUGUUUAUUUUGUCUUAUACUCUUUUUUUGAUUAUAUCCUUUUUUAGUAAACUUCCAUUGGCUUCAGUGAUAUCACAAUGGAUAAAGUUGUCAUACAUUGAUGGAAGUCUAGUACAAUGCUAUCAAAAUGAAAGAUUUGAAGUAAUAAAAAUUCGUAAGCCACAAGGCACUAUUAUUCUUAAGGAGAAAGAUGAAAUCACUUUGUUUCGUGAAUUAACGCAAAGUUUAAUUAUUGGCAAUUCUGUCAUUGUCAUAUGUGACCCAGAUUUGUGUACUUUGGCACCAUAUUGUGAUAUGUUUAAAAUAUCUGGAGUACCUCCAGGUGUUAUAAAUCUUUUGUCAAGUCAAAACACUGAUUUUAGAUAUGAUAUCAUUAAUAAUAAUACUUCCUCAGUAGAUCAUAAUACAUACAAUUGUCUUACUAUAAUGAAGCAUAUUAUAAUUCCUCAUAAAUAAUUUUAGUAAUAUGGCAUGUGUUCUAAUAUUUAUGAUGAAUUUAUAUAGAUAUAAACUUAAGUAUAAACAUGUAUAUAUUUAUUAUAAUUACAAAAAUACAAUUUCUUUCAAUUAACUUUUUUAAAUAAAAUUAUAAAAUCAAAUAACUUUUUCCGCCAAUUUUUAUAUUAUGGCAUGCUCCCUAACUUAAUGUUAUAAGGAUAAUAGAUUAUAUGUUAUAUUUAUCAUUAUAAAUGUCAGAUUGUGUUGAUUAUAAAAAUGUCAAAAUUAUAAUGUAUGUUGAUAUUAGAUUAGUAUUGUAUAAUUUGUUUUAAUCCUAUACUUUACAUAUAUCACGAUUAAUAAUGUUCAAUUAAAAUUUAGCAUAAAUGUAAAUCGAUGUACGAAUAGCUUUUUUAUUCGAAAAUAACUUUAAACUUAACUGAUAUUCACGAAACACAUAUUGUUUACUGUCUCCA